CUUAUAAGCAGUAAAAGUUGUCGGGAGAGCGAUAUUACGUAUUAGUUCAAUAGCUGACGUGAAGAACUAAGCAUCUGUUUCUAGUUCAAACGACUGCGUAAGGCUUUAUUUUUUUAAUUUUAAUUUUUUAUAAAAAUGCCACCACACGAUCAUCAUGGACCACCACAUCACGGCGGACCACCUCACCACCAUGGACCGCCACAUCACGGUGGACCACCUCACCACCAUGGACCGCCGCCUCCACCACCACAUCAUCACCAUGGCCCACCACACCACGGCCCACCACACCACGGACCACCACACCACGGUCCACCACAUCAUGGUCCGCCACACCAUGGUCCACCACACUUCGGACCUCCACACCAUGGUCCUCCACAUCACGGACCCCCACAUCAUGGACCUCCACAUCAUGGACCACCACAUCAUGGGCCACCACAUCACGGACGGCCGCAUCACUAUUAAUGCGAAAAAUAUUUUUAUAAA